CUCUGGUUGGCAUUUGACGCUUUCUCUCUCCUUCAUAUAUCUUUCUCUCUCCUCUUUUGAUUCUUCCUGUCCAAAAGUUGGUGGCAGAACAAGCAAAAUUGCACACCAAACAUCAUAGUUUCGGAUAAAAAUUCUCUUAAAUUAAUUGUAUCAUCUGUAUCUGAAGCCAUCUUCCAAUCAACUUCUUUAACUAUCCUUCACUUAUAACAAAAACAAAGAAAAAUGAAUCUUCUUCGGGCAGGAAAUUUAUGGCAUCUACUGGAACAGAAAUCUUACACCAUAAAGAGUUCUGCUGUAUAUCAGUUUGCAUAGCGGUGAAGAUGUAGUGUUGCUCAUUUUAGUGAACCAUCAUUUUAUAUUCCUUUUAUUAGCUCUAGUAUUGGAAGACAAUGGCUGUCUCAACUGCAGAGCCAAUUCGAGGAAUUCAUACAGACAACUACCCCUUGCUUUUGGAGGGGCAUGAUAGCCAGGGGAAUGAAGAACAUGUAAUAGAUAUUGUAAGAGGUGGUGAAGCCUCGUCUUCAAAUGCUACUGCUUCAGAGUUUCAUCAUAGUGUUAGUCUUAAUAAUGAUCAUCCGGAAACAAGUGGCAUACAGGAGCCUUUUCCAUCAUUAUCUUCUCAUAGUCGCACACUUUCUAGGAGCUCCUCUUUUGUAAGAAGAAGUGAGGGAACUGGACGUCGCAAUUGGAGCCCUUUUAAUUCAGGCUUUUGGAUUUCCAUUGAAUUAAUUCUCACAUUAAGCCAGAUUAUAGCCUCCAUGACUGUUUUGUGUUUGUCAAGACAUGAACAUCCUCAAGCUCCAUUGUUUUCUUGGGUUGUUGGGUACACAGCUGGAUGUUUUGCUAGUCUUCCUGUACUCUAUUGGCGUUUCCUACAUCGUAACCAGGGUGCAGAGCAGGUUGCACUUCAAGCCAAUCAGACAUCUCCUCGUGUAAGCUCUCCAUCAGGUCCAAAUUCUUAUGUAACAAUUUCUCUUGGUCAGACAUCUGAACAGGAAAAUCGUCAUAGCAUACCUGGAGCUACUUCUGACGGUCAAACUAAUGGAAUUGUGACUACCAGGUUAGAUUUGAUUAUGGACCAUUUUAAAAUGGCUUUGGAUUGCUUCUUUGCCAUUUGGUUUGUCGUGGGUAACAUUUGGAUCUUUGGAGGACAUGCUUCCGCCGCUGAGGCUCCGAAUUUGUAUAGGUUAUGCAUUGCUUAUCUUACUUUGAGCUGCAUUGGAUAUGCAAUGCCUUUCAUUUUGUGUGCAAUGAUUUGCUGCUGCUUGCCUUGCAUUAUCUCUGCCCUUGGAAUUCGUGAGGAUCUAAACCAAGUUCGUGGAGCUAGUGAAGGAUGCAUUAGUGCUCUACCAACCUACAGAUUCAAGGCAAAGAAAGAUGAAAGUGGCGGUCCCGAGCAAACUGAUUACAUUGAAGAAGGUGGAAUUGUGGCUUUCGGAACAGAGAAAGAACGUACUAUCACUGGUGAAGAUGCGGUAUGUUGUAUUUGCUUGACAAGUUAUAUGGACAAUGAUGAGUUGAGGGAGCUGCCUUGUUCUCAUUUCUUUCAUGCAGAAUGCGUUGAUAGAUGGUUAAAGAUCAAUGCGACCUGUCCUCUGUGCAAAUUUGAGAUUUCUGAAAGAGAAGACACGCAACCAUCACCAACAAACACCACACUGCAAACAUGACAUAUCGAAAGUCAGACCAUCUGUAAAAUCUCCUGAUUGAAAACAGGUUAGUGAAACCACCUUUUUUUUCCCUUUGGUUUCAGAGCUUCAUGGUGGAAGUUUUUCACUACCACCCUUCUCUCCUGAAAAUACAAGGGUGAACGAAAUCGAGCUUGAAUUUCCAUGACACAUAAUUUUUUAUUUUUUUUACUAUCUCCUUUUCGUUUAAAAGUUGCGCCAUAGAAUUGAGGGGAAUGUACAGUUGAAAUCAUCAAAUAUUCUGUAAGAUGGUUGUACAGAUGGUGUAUCUACUCAAAUAGGCCAUCCUUAUUUGUAGUUAAGAAUGAAAAUAAAAUAACUUGUAAUGAAGGACUACUUUUGGUAAUUUGUUAGUAUAUUAAGUAUAUGUAUUAAUAGCAAAGGUUAAAUCAAUUUUUUUUUUGAAGUGAAAGGUUAAAUUAAAUUAGUCCAAGUAUAUUGUUAACCAAUAGCAGCCUUUUUGAUUGAAAUGGCGUUAUCAUCUAGAUUUUUUUUUUCUUAAAGAGAUGAUCUCUUUGUUUUUUGAUUUGUUUUUGUUUUUUGAUUUGUUUUGGUUAAUGUAACGGAUUUUAUAUUCUUGGAAAUAAGCCUUUGGCAUUUUGCUAUGUAGAUCUCCCGGUGUGUAAAUUGUAAUUCAUUUUUUUGCAUUUAUACGGUGUUCAGAUUGUGAGAUAUUGAGGGAAAGAAAGGGAAGAGAUAUGGAUUAGUGAAUGAUUCCUUGUUUGGAUAAUAAAAAAGAAGAAAAAGGGAUUUUGAGUGCAAGGGUUAGGAAGAAAAUAUGCACUUUUGUUAAGAAUUUAAUCUCUCCUAAAGUGGAAAAAUUUGGAGAAUAAUAUUUCUUUUCUUUCCUUUCUUUUUAAACAAAUAAGGUGCAUUCUACCUCUUUUCCUUUCCCUUCUCUUUCCCGUCCCUUUAUUUUUUUUCUAUUUUAAUUUGUUAUCCAAAUAUAUUGUUAGUUUCUUCAUUUCUUUUUACUUUUCUCAAUAUAGUCAAGUUUAAAAUUGAUUUUUCUAACAUGUUGAUUCCCUUAAAUUAAUUAAUAAGGUACAUUGUAACUUCAUGAUACCGUUUGUGUUAGUUGCAUGAGAAGAUUGUCAUUAAGAUUUAGGGUUGAUGGAGAAAUAGUUGAGGUCCUCUUCUCUCUAUAAGUACCUUAUUAUUAAUUAGUAUGAGGUAUCUCAUUUGAAAAUUUUAACUCCAAAAAUGAGAAAGUCUAGGAUAUCAAUCAGUUUAUCAAUCUAGGAUUUCAAAAAAAAAAAAAAAAAAAAAACAAA